AUGGCUCAAAAAGUUGCAAUUAUUAUUUACUCAUUAUACCACCAUAUUGCUCAAUUAGCUGAACAAGAAAAAGCAGGUAUUGAAGCUGCUGGUGGUCAAGCUGAUAUUUAUCAAGUUCCUGAAACUUUAAGUGAAGAAGUUUUACAAAAAAUGCAUGCACCUCAAAAACCAAACUAUCCAAUUGCUACUACUGAAACUUUAGAACAAUACAAUGCGUUUUUAUUUGGUAUUCCAACAAGAUAUGGUAAUUUCCCAGGUAUGUUUUUUUUUGAUUGAGACGCGAAAUAAUUUAAAAAUGAUUUUUAAAUCAUUUUUGGAUGAAAAAUCAUCUUUCAAAGCAUUUUAUGAUGCUAGAAAUGAUAAAAAAGGUUUACAAGAACAACUUUACUAACUUAAUAUUUAGCUCAAUGGAAAGCUUUCUGGGACGCUACUGGUGGUUUAUGGGCUGGUAUGUGUUUAAAUUGAUGUUUUAAAACAUGAUUGGUAAAUUUUUUGAACCCAACUGAAAUUUUCGCAGCGCUACCAAAUGCCGCAAAAAUUGAAAAAUUGAAAAAUUUACCAAGAUUUUCCAAAAUUUAUAUUGUUUCUUUUACUAACAAUUACCAGGUGGUAAAUUAUACGGUAAAGUAGCAGGUGUUUUUAUCAGUACAGGUACCCUUGGUGGAGGUCAAGAAGGUAUGUGGCUCAAUUGACGUUGAUAAACGUUGUUUUUCCGAAAUUUGAGUUCAGUUUUUGCAAAGUUUUUGCAAAAAUCAAGAUUUUGGGCUCAAAUUUUUAACCAUCAAUUGAUGAAUACUACUAACACAAUCAAUAGUUACUGCUCUUAACUCCUUAUCAGUUUUAGUCCAUCACGGAAUUAUCUUUGUUCCACUUGGUUAUGCUAAAGCAUUUGCAUUACAAUCAAGUUUCGAUGAAAUUCACGGUGGUUCACCAUGGGGUGCAGGUACUUUUGCUGGUGGAGAUGGUUCAAGACAACCAAAUAAAACCGAAAAAGAAAUUGCUUUCAUUCAAGGUAAAACAUUCUUUGAAACUGUCUCAAAAUUUUGA